GCUGAGGGCUCCGAGGCCAAUGCUCCAUGUGCGCUUGGAGAGCUCUGCGCCCUGCCCUCGGCUCUGUCAUUUACGUCAGACUGCGAGCUCCUGGAGCCUCCCGCUCUUUCUUCCUCACUCUCAAGCCACACACAGGCUGCAGCCGAGUCGCCGGCUCCCGCCUCCCUCUGCUCCUGCCCGCCAAAGGCAAAGAGGGGACGCAACUUCGACCAGGCGACAGGACCCGCCGCGGCGAGCCAAGACAGAAGCAGCACCCAUGAGAAGCAUCUUUCAACCCUGAUACCGAGUGGCAUACCUGGCUGUGGCCAAGAUGAACGAAAGCAUCUCUUUGAAUGAAACCAGGGCUCCUGUACCCUGGAUUCAUACCAACAAUAGGAAUUCUUCUUUGGAGCUCUCCAGCGAGCUCCCCAUCUUUGUCAUCAACCCCUGGGAUAUUAUGCUCUGCAUCUCUGGAACCAUCAUUGCCUGUGAGAAUGCUAUAGUCGUGGCCAUCAUAUUCUAUACUCCCAACCUGAGAACCCCAAUGUUUGUGUUGAUUGGGAGCUUGGCCACAGCAGACCUACUAGCUGGAGUUGGUCUGAUCCUCAAUUUUGUUUUCCACUAUGUGAUCCAGUCAGAAACCAUCAGCCUUGUUACAGUUGGCUUCUUAGUUGCUUCUUUUACUGCUUCGGUGAGCAGCUUAUUGGCCAUCACGGUUGAUCGCUAUCUUUCAUUAUACAAUGCACUGACUUAUUACUCUGAGAAGACAGUGCUCUGUAUCCAUAUGAUGCUGAUCAUCACCUGGGGGGUUUCCCUCUGCUUAGGACUGCUACCUGUUUUAGGCUGGAACUGUCUUGAAGAUUCUUCAUCAUGCAGUAUUGUCAGACCUCUGACGAAAAGUAAUGUGACUUUGCUGUCUGCCUCUUUCUUUUUCAUUUUUAUCCUUAUGCUCCAUCUGUACAUUAAAAUCUGCAAAAUAGUCUGCAGACAUGCACACCAGAUAGCACUCCAACAGCAUUUUCUAACAGCAUCACACUACGUCGCAACAAAGAAAGGAGUCUCUACACUAGCUAUAAUACUUGGGACCUUUGGAGCCAGUUGGUUACCUUUUGCCAUCUACUGUGUAGUUGGAGAUUCCAACUACCCCACUGUGUACACAUAUGCCACACUUCUACCAGCCACCUACAACUCUAUGAUUAAUCCUAUCAUUUAUGCAUACAGAAACCAAGAAAUUCAAAGAUCCAUGUGGGUUCUCUUUUGUGACUGCUUUCAGUCUAAAGUGUCCUUUCGUUCAAGAUCCCCCAGUGAUGUCUAAGUGACUUCUUUCUGUGUGUAGUUUCGCACAAAGUGACAAUCUUUGACUUUUGUGAAUUACAGUGCCUGGUAUAAACCAGAUCCAUGUUGUGAGGUUGUCUGGGGGGAAAUGUUUAAACAGUAGCACUUUAUGUAUGUGUUUUCUUGAGAAUGUAAAAGGUCAGGGACUUUUGGUUGUGGGAAACAAAGAAAGUGUGGUUGUAUAUGAUACUGUACAUCACAUUUGUAAAGUGGAGACAUCCCAAGAUUAUGUAAUUAUAGCACUUUAUUUUUAGCUGCUGAACUGCCAAAACAGUAUUGCCAUUUUUAAAGGGCAGAUAGAAAGGAAGUGAAAUAUUGUCUGGUUAUUUUGAGAUAUGAAUGAUAAUAUAUUUUGCUGCACAGUAUUGAUAAAUUAUGACAUUUUAUAUACAA